CUGAACAAAGAGGAACGAAGAGGAAGGAGCCGAGCGCGUUUCCAUUUCCUCAUGCGGGCGCCGGUUUUUCCCAGGUGCAGCUUCACCUGCCGCAUAAAUAGGAGCCGGCGGCGCAUGAGGGCGAGUCACAGCUCCACAGAGCAACAGAGCAACAGACCACAGAGCAACAGACCACAGAGCAACAGACCACAGAGCAACAGAGCAACAGAGCAACAGACCACAGAGCAACAGACCACAGAGCAACAGACCACAGAGCAACAGACCACAGAGCAACAGACCACAGAGCAACAGACCACAGACCCGAGAGAGAGUCAGAGAUUCAGGAUGGACGUGAUGAAGCAGGUGGUCCUCAUCCUCGCGCUGGUCCUCGCGCCCGCCUGGACGUGUAAGAUGCACCGGUGUUUCUCGGAGCGGGAGCUGCAGGAUGCGGCGGAGAAGAGGCUGCGGAGCCACUACCCGCAGCCCGCGGAGCCCUCGGCGGCGGCGGCCUCGGCCUCGGCCUCCUCCCCCGCCUCCUGCCCCGUGGAGCUGUACCGGCACCAGCCGCCGCAGCAAGUGAGCGACCGCUCCGCGUCGCCAUGGAGAUACGUACUCAGAACCAACAAGGACCACUUCCCGUCCACGUACGCCGAGGCCCAGUGCCUGUGUUCGGGCUGCAUCCUGGUCCAGGGCAACAACCCUCCGACGGAGAGCCACGACUACGUCUCGGUCCCCAUCAGGCAGAGCCGCGUGUUUCUCAGGAGGGAGCUCUGCAGCGACGGGGAGCAGUACCACCUGAAGCCCGUCACGGUGGACGUGGUGGUGGGCUGCACCUGCGCCAGGUACAGGCCCAGGGCCUCCUAGAGGCCGGGGGACACACACCCAGACCUGCUGGACCUGCUGGACCUGCAGGGACCUGUCGGACCCACAGGGACCUGCUGGACCUGCUGGACCCACCAGGACCUCCAGAACCUGUCGGACCCACCGGGACCUGUCGGACCCACAGGGACCUGCUGGACCUGCUGGACCCACCAGGACCUGCUGGACCCACAGGGACCUGCUGGACCCACCAGGACCUCCAGAACCUGUCGGACCCACCAGGACCUCCAGAACCUGUCGGACCCACAGGGACCUGCCACUACACUACACUUGUUUUGUAUUUUAUUUAUUAUGUUUUUAUUUAUUUGAAUCCAGUUCUCUGGAAACGUCUCAGAGGGCUGGACGUCCUGUCGCGUGAUUGGUGGACCGACAUCGGUCGGUGGAGACGUCGGUCCGAUCCCAGACUGUUCACAAGGCUUUAAACUAGAGACCGACCGUAUAUAAAUUUAUUUUAAAUCUGUCGAUGAUCCCUAAGAUGUCGUCCUCAAACCUUUAUGACAAAGAAAUGUAAUUGAGGGUUGACAAUUUUAUUUUUUUAACCAUAAACUUUUAUCAUCAAUAACUUUAAAUUAAAAAUGCAAAUCAACCAAAAACAAAGAACUUACAAUAAACAUUUACUUUAUGUUAAAUGUAAAAACAUAAAUGCAACAAUUAAAAGGCUCAUAUCUUUUGGCCCAUAAUACCUGUCGGGCUCUAAACAUAUCGGCCGAUACAGAUAUUAUCAGUCGGGCUCUACUUUUAAAGUUGUGUCAUCAGCCUGUUAUUGUUUUAUUUAUAACUUUUUUAUGGGGCUAUAUUUAUUGUCAUAAUGAUGACGUGAUAUUUGAUGCAUCUACAGUGUAAGUUUUGUAAACUGGGCGUAUUUGACCUUGCACUUGUGUUUUCGUAUCAACGAACUCGUCGAGGAAAAGUGUCUAUUGUAUAGUUUUUAUAAAGCUAAAUAAUUUAAACGACUCUUAAUAUUUUUUAUAAUAAUUAUCUAUUUAUUUGGUUUGUUUUCCAUGAGAAAUAUGGGAAGCAUUUAAAGAGUUAAAGAUUUUCAUGAAGGAACAUGUUUUGAAUUUAUGUAAAUGUCGGACAUCUUGUAGGUUUUCGUCCCAGUGGGACUUUG